AUGGCGGCCCAUGCGAGUAUCAAAUCCAUGGCUCUGUGCCUUGUUAUGACCAUGUGCUUGGUGAUCUCGUCUGUUGCAGAGCUUCAAAGAUUCGACCAUCCCGCAAAUGAUGAUGGGUCACUGAGYUUCUUGGUCAUCGGAGACUGGGGAAGAAGAGGAACUUACAACCAGUCUGAAGUUGCCGUUCAGAUGGGGAGGGUUGGAGAGAAACUAAACAUUAAUUUCGUGAUCUCUGUUGGUGAUAAUUUUUAUGACAACGGUUUGACGGGCGAAAACGAUCCUAACUUCGAGGAAUCAUUUACCAAGGUCUACACCGCUAAGAGUUUGCAAAAGCAGUGGUACAGUGUUUUGGGAAACCAUGAUUACAGGGGCAAUGUGAAGGCGCAACUGAGCCCUGUCCUAAAGCAGAAAGAUAGCAGAUGGCUUUGCUUGAGAUCUUUUGUUGUCAAUGCAGGAAUUGUGGAAUUCUUCUUUGUGGACACAAAUCCAUUUGUGGACAUGUACUUUUAUGACCCAAAGGAUCACAUCUACGAUUGGAGAGGUGUUCUUCCAAGAAAGAAGUACAUUGCCAAUCUUCUCAGGGAUGUAGACACUGCACUGAGUCAGUCGACGGCAACAUGGAAGAUUGUGGUGGGUCACCAUGCAAUCAGAAGUGUUGGGCAUCACGGCGACACCAAGGAGCUUGUUGAGAAAUUCCUUCCAAUCCUUCAGAGGAACAACGUCGAUCUCUACAUGAACGGACAUGACCAUUGUUUGGAGCACAUCAGUAGUCUGAGCAGAUGGACUGGGUCCAAGCAACUCUACUCGGCCAUUUAG